AGAUGAACCAGUUGGGCAAGGCCCAACCUUUUCAGUUAUCACAACGUCGUUAACAGACGGUGCAGAUGAGCUGGGCUGAAAAAUUCAAACGGCGGCGAAAAAAGCUUGCUUCUUCAAGCAUCAAUGGCGGGUGCGUAUUGCGCCGCCUGCGCCUUCCUCACGCCCACCGUUAGCCUCAACCCCAAGCGAAUGAAACUGCUGGUUUUAGCUUCCAGUUCUACUCCCGAGAAACCCACAAAGCGAUUGAAGCGAAAGAACUAUUUGCGACCCAAAAUCUUAAAACCCUCAACUGAACCCUACUCUACACCUACCAAUUUUCCCCUCUCCCAGGAAACCCUACAAAACCCUGUAAUUCCCAUCAUAUCCCCCGAAAUCACGCAGCACGAGCUUCCCGCCGGUGAAAGCGGCGAUAUUUGCGGUGCGGUUUCUGGAGAAGACGAUAAAGUCGACGAAUAUCGCUUCUCUGAGACCUCUGGAGGAUAUGAUGGUAAAAUUUCUAUAAGGUCUGUGAUAAAGUAUGGAUUUUUUUUCAUUGGAGCUUUUGUGUUUCAGACCAUUUGUGCUGUUUGGGUAUUGGGAAGUGCUAAUUCUGAUAAGAGAGAUAGGAAUUCUGAGAAUUCAGAUUCGGGAAAAGGGAAAGUUUUGUUGAAUGGAAAUGGGAAAUUUCAACUUGCAAAUCUGGGGUCUCACAAGAACAAUGUGGGUUAUGUGGAUGAGUGGGAAUUGGACGGGAAAAUUGAAGAAAUUAGAGCAAUGGCACGGGAGGCAAGAAAGUCUGAGAAAAAGGAGUUUAAUGAAGGUUCUGGUGUUGUUGUUGAUGAAAGUUCGAAUUCUAGGCCUAGAACUGGCAUUGAGAAAGAGAUUGGCGGACGAUUGAAGAAGUUGCAGAAGAGGUUGAAUUCUGAUAGGGAGAAAUCAUUGGGAUCAUAUGCAAGUUAUUUGGGCGGUUCCCAAAAAGGUGAAGCUGGUGUAAAUAGGAAUAGUUCUGAUUCGAGAGAUGGAAAUGGAAAACUGAUCUUUAAGAAGAAAUUCAAAUUUAGAAGCCCUUCCACCGAGACAAAAAAGAGUCCCAAGGGAUUUGGAGUUUCUCAAGAGAAUACUGUGUCUAAGAGAAAAAAAGGUGGUUUAGGUGGUGUAGAUAAAACAGUGGAAAAUGAACGAGUUGGUGAUGGUGUUAUGGAAUUACCUGACAGAGUAAAUGAAGAAAUCCAACCAGAGGGGGAGGAAGCUGAUAGCAGAAGCUUGGUAAUUAAGGAGUCAAUAUUGUCACAAAAUAAUCAGAAAACAAAUGGGGCAGAGGAAAUGGGAAAUGGAAUUUGUAAACCAAGAAAAGGAAGAAAUGGUAUUCUACAGGAGAGUGGCUUAGGAAGGUCUUCAAUUGAAGUAGCAAAAUCUGGAGCAUUAAGAGAAUUUGGGGAAGACGGUCAGACCACCUUGAAAGAAGAUGAGAGCAAUGUGAUGGAAUUUAAUCCUGCGUUGAGUGUAAAUGGCAGUCAAAGAAACAGAAAAGCUGAAAACAGAUCAACAGAUCGUGAAGUCCAAGACAAGAAAUCAAACACUGAAACUGAUAUGUGGUGGUUGAAUCUUCCUUAUGUUCUUGUUGUUCUUAUGCGUCAAGUUUCUAACCCUGAAGUACCAGAAGGAUUUUAUACCUUAAAGAUUUCUUCUCAGUCACAGAAGCUGGAUGAUUCUGCCUAUACUAUAGCUUUUGAGGACCAUGGUGAUGCUAAUAACUUCUGUUUCUUGUUUGAAUCUUUUUUCGAAGAUCUGGAUGAUUUCAGGGCUGAUGUCAUUCCUUUGCCAGUAAAAGAACUUCAUGCAGCAGUGAACUCAAAUAGAUGGAAGGUAAUUGUUAUAAGAAAAGGGCAGCUUCAGCUCUAUGCUGGACAGCCUUUUGCCGAUGUUGAGAUGGCAUUGCAAUCUUUGGUGGAAGGAAAUCAAAUUGAUUGAUCGAGGCCAAGGUUUUAUGAGUUAAAAAAGGGAAAAUGGCAACACACCAUUCUUGUAGGAGAGUGUACAUACUUAAUUCUUUGAAUUACCAAGUACUGCUGGAAACAAACUCAAUUCCAGUGGACCUUCUGACGUUGAAGAUGCCAUACUAGCAAACCUAUAUAAGAAUAUUUCAAAGAGGAUUUUAUUUUACUA